AUGGACAGCGACAACGCUCAGUCCGUCUUCAGUGUACUGUCGGACGUAGUGGAUAUAGCAGCAUCAAAGGGUAAGAAGAAUCAUCCCGCACCAUUCAUAGUCAAGCAUACGUUAUUCUUCUUCCCCAUCCUAGUAUUCAUUUCAGCUGGUAUCUUGCUCCUGUCAUUCGCCGUACCUAGGAUAUAUCGAUUCAUCAAGUCUCUCCUACCCGAAAGAGAAUAUCAACCUUUGUUAGUGGACGAGAACGAGGAUGAAGAAGAGGUCGAGUCGGCUGAAUCACCCACGCCUACUCAACCUUUCAUGCCUUCAGGUGGAUUAUGGUCUGAUCUCUCGGCUCACAUCAGAUCGAUGAAGGAAUAUGGUUCAGUCCUUUUCUUCCUCGAAGUGAUCAGAACUCUUUGUAUUGCUACCUUACUCGGUCUAACGGUUUACGCAGCGAUCCAAGCUGAGUCGCCCGAUAAGGAAUCUCAUCUUCAAGAACUCGGUUUGGAAGGUGGUAUGAUAGAUAUUGAGGGACAUUGGGGGAAGAAGAAACAUAAGAAGAAGAAGCACAGGAAGAAUAGAGUGGACGAUUACUCAAGUCUUGAAUGGGGAGAAUUCGGUGUCUGUGGAUAUUACACCUAUACUCUCAUAUUCUCAUUCCUCCUUCUCACACUUCGGCCCGCUACACCCCUUCGACGACAUCUCAUCGCUCAUGUGGACACUCUCCUUUUCAUCGGAUGGUGUAUCUACGUUUAUCGAGACUUGUGGCCUUUGCUCACUUACAACCUUAUACCGUCCGAUAUCAACAAUGCUAUCACUUGGUCGCGAGUAGCCAUACUGUCCGUCGCAGCCGUAUUGAUUCCAUUGCUCAGACCUAGAACAUACACUCCUGCCGAACCUGCCAAUCCUACUCCGGAAGAUGAGAUUCACCCCGAACAAACAACUCCUUGGUUAUUUUACGUCUUUUACGAGUACAUGACUCCCCUAGUGUGGAAGGCUUGGAAGACUCCCGCCUUGCCUUACGACGACUUGCAUCCAUUGGCGGACUAUGAUCGAGCGGAAUUCCUCUACAGUAAACACAUCGACGCACUUGACCCUAUUCGUCGCCGAGAAAAUGGUUUGAAGCAACGUAACCUGUUGAUCGGUCUCUUGGACGUGUUCAAGAAGGAAGUCGCUAUUGUCUGCGCUAUGUCAGCGCUAUCAGCCGUUGCCGAAAUGGCCGGAUCAGUCGGUAUCAACAAACUAUUAGAUUACCUAGAGAAAGAUGGGGAAGGAGCCACCUUGAAACCUAUCGUAUGGGUCGCAUUCCUCUUCAUCGGUCCUACUAUCGGUUCUUUGACUAUCCAAUUCUACAUCUACACCACUACUCGAGCUCUGGUUCGAAGUGAAGCACUCCUUACUCAGUUGAUCUUCGAUCAUGCCUUAAGGCUGAGGAUGAAGGAUGCUAUAGAAGAUGAGAAAAACGAAGAGAGCCCCGCCGCUGGUGCACCCGAAAUUAGAAUUGAGGAUGUGACUCAGCCUGCUCCUGGUGCGACGGAAGCUCUACUGGGUGCCGAGGCAGCAACAAACGAUGACACCGAGGUUGGAAGCUCCAAUGGAACCGUGAAGAAAGAUGACAAGGAAGCUGCUGCUGAUGCGGAAGCCAAAAAGGCAAAGGGACAAGGUCUGGCGGGAAAAAUCAACGUAUUGAUGGCUGCAGAUGUCGAGUCGGUCCUUGAAGGUCGUGACCUCGCGCUCGUUUUCGUCUAUACCCCUAUUCAGCUUGCAUUGUGCAUCUAUCUGCUCUACAAAAUCCUUAGUUGGAGUGCCCUGGUUGGAAUGUUAACCAUGGUCAUCACUCUUCCCAUUCCCGGUCUGAUCACCAAGCUCAACGCGCAAUACCAAUACAAGCGAAUGGCUGCCACGGAUUCACGGGUAGACUCAAUCACAGAAGCGAUCGGUGCUUUGAGGAUGAUAAAGAUGUUCGGAUGGGAAAAUAGGAUCAAAGAACGUAUCGCCGCAAAGAGAGAAGAUGAGCUGCAGUUGAUCUGGCAGCGAAGAUUGAUGAGCUUAUCCGUUGUCAUCCUCAACAACAUCCUACCUGUCUUGACUAUGGUCGCUACUUUCGCUAUGUACACUCUUGUCCAAGUAUUCACUAGUAUGGUCGUAUUCGAGCUUGUCAAGAGUCAAAUGGGCAUGUGUUUCUAUCUCAUCAACUCCUUCGUCACCGCAUGGGUAUCACUCCAGAGAAUCGAUAAAUUUCUCACAUCGAGCGAGAUGAUUGAUGAAUACUCUGAAGGCAAGAUUGCGACAAUCAAAAUAACUGAGCAACUCGAAGCGGAGACCGAGGGUCUGAUCAGAAUCCAAAAUGCUACAUUCAGCUGGGGUCCUGUCGAAGAUGGCAUUACUCAAGACUUCAGUCUCAGAAUCCCAGAAGUCACUUUCGUCAAGGGGAAGAUCAACUUGAUUACCGGUCCUACUGGUAGUGGAAAGUCUUCUCUACUCAAGGCUCUUGUGGGCGAAUUGCAUUUCGAGCAGAAGCAAGGAUCCUUCUUCCACCUUCCACGAGAAGGGGGAGUGUCUUACGCUGCUCAGGAAAGUUGGUGCAUGUCAGAUUCUAUCAAGGAUAACAUCUUGUUUGGCGAGCCAUACGAACACGAUCGAUAUAUCAAAACUCUCCGAGCGUGUGCUUUAGAACCUGACUUGAAAUUGUUCGACGAUGGCGACAAUACAGAGGUCGGGGAAAAAGGGAUUACUUUGAGUGGUGGUCAGAAAGCCAGAUUGACUUUGGCCAGAGCUGUUUACUCAAAGACUGACAUCGUACUCCUUGAUGGUAAGUUCAAGCAAAUUUGGAAUGGGACUGACAGAGUAGAUAUUUUCUCCGCGCUUGAUACCCUUACGUCAAGGUGGAUCAUUGAUAAUCUCUUCAGAGGCGAUUUGAUGAAAGGUAGAACCGUUCUGUUGAUUACCCACCACGUCGGUCUCGCCGCACCUAUCGCCGAUUAUAUGAUUGCUUUCAACCAAGAUGGUUCUGUCAAAUCUCAAGGGCCUAUCGAAGACUCUGAAUUCCCCGACGAAGAUGUUGAAAAAGAAGCUCAAGAAGAUAUUAAAGCGUCUGAAGAAGCCAUCUCAGCAGAGCAGAAGGUGGAAGAGAAGAAAACUGUCAACAAAUUGGUGAAAGAUGAGGAGAAGAGUGAAGGUCGAAUAUCAAAGAGAGCUAUGAUCUCGUUCUUCAGUACCUUUGGUGGACCGAUCUUUUGGUUGUUGUACUUCAUCCUCGUACUGGGGGGGCAAGGAUUCAAUGCGUUCCAAACUUAUUGGUUGGGUAGAUGGGCUAAAGCCUAUGAGGAAUCUGAUCACCCCGAAAGAGUCUCUGCAGUAUAUUACUUGGGAUUAUAUAUCGUUUGGGUCUUACUGAGUAUGGGAUCAUUAGCCGCAUCAGCGGUCCUGUUCUACGUCGGAGCGAUCAAAGGUUCAAGAGAGAUUCAUAAGAAGUUGACCAAUAUGAUAUUCGGAUCGUAUUUGAGAUUCUUGGAUUCCACGCCUGUCGGACGGAUCAUCUCGAGAUUUACUAAAGAUAUGAAAAAUGUCGAUGGAUCAUUCACCGAUACCUUCUCCGAAGUCGCCGAUAUCACCACUGGUCUCGUAUUGAAAUUCGCAGUUGUCAUCGCCCUAGUACCCAUAUUCUCUAUACCCGCUGUUGUAAUUGGAGCUGUUGGUGCGUUCUUGGGUGAAGUGUAUAUUCAUAGUCAACUUAGUGUCAAGCGAGAAAUGUCAAAUGCCAAAAGUCCCUUAUUCUCACAUUUCUCUGCUGCCGUUAACGGUAUCGUCUCCAUCAGAGCCUAUGGUGCACAACAGAAACUCCGAGUUGAAGCUCAGCGAAAAGCCGACAAGUACACUAGAGCUGCUACUGCUCUACAACCUCAAUCGAUGGCCGCCUUCUUGGUCUACGGUGUUAGACUUGAUGCUUCUACCACUGGUUUCGCGUUGAGUCAGGCCAUCUCUUUCUCUGCCAUGAUUCUGUGGUGGGUCAGACUGGUCAACGAGAUGGAAGUGCAAGGAAAUUCCGUCGAGAGAAUCGAAGACUACUUGGUAAUCGAUCAAGAACCUAAAGCUGUGGAGUCCAAACAGCCCCCUGCCUCAUGGCCUACGUCCGGCUCUAUCGUCUUAGACAAAUUAUCGGCCCGAUACUCACCAGAUGGACCUACCGUGCUCAAUCAAUUGCAAGUCAAUAUUGCAAGCGGUGAGAAAGUAGGUAUAGUCGGUAGGACAGGUAGUGGUAAAUCGACUCUGGCUUUGGCACUGUUGCGUAUGAUUCCUACCGAAGGAAGCGUCGUGAUUGAUGGUAUCAAAACUGAAGAUAUCAAUCUACAUGCUCUGAGAAGUCACGUCACCAUCAUACCCCAAGAUCCUGUUCUCCUAUCUGGUAGUCUACGAUUCAACCUUGAUCCCUUUGGCGAACAUGACGAUGCGGAACUGAAUGAUGCCCUCCAAUCGUCAGGUCUUGGUCAGACUAGGAACCCCACGCAGGAGAACGGCGGAACAGCUACACCCCAGAGAUUAUCGCUCGAUACGCAAAUAGCGGCUGGGGGAGGGAAUUUGAGUCAGGGUCAGAGACAGCUCGUAGCUCUUGCCAGAGCAUUAGUAAGGAAUAGUAAGAUAUUGAUCUUAGAUGAGGCUACUGCAUCAGUAGAUUUCGAAACUGACGCAUUGAUCCAAAAAUCAAUAAGGGACUUACCAUCCUCCACAACGGUUUUGACGGUAGCUCAUAGAUUAUCAACUGUAAUGGAUUACGACAAGAUCUUAGUUUUGGGGUCAGGAAAGGUUUUAGAGUUCGAUUCACCCAGUAAUCUAAGAAGUAAUCAAAAUAGUUAUUUCGCUAAGUUGGUUUUGGCCAUGGAAGGUGGUACGGUCAGUAGGCAGUCUGCUAUAAGUACUUAA